UUCCAAUUGUGCACCAACUGCUACCGCUGCAGCCAAGCGAGAAAAUUCACAGCUUAUCACGCCGCAUCGCGACCGUAGAAACGCGUUUUCUAAUUGUUUACACAGCUCAAAAUAUAAUUCUUUAUAUGCUAUAUAUAUUUAAUAAAGGUACGUGUACAAUGAAGUGUGUAAAUUUGCAAUAUUCUGCAUUGAUUUUGACUUAAAGGGCUGUUGUGUACACGCACGUACAAACAAAUUGUCAUUCAUAUGUGUAAUGCUACGCUGUCAACGUCUACGUUAACGUUAGCGUCGUCGUUGUUGUCAUUUUGUUUUCUUUCAAUACGGCUGUUUGGUAAACGAAGUCAACGUUAACGUUACAAAGCCAACGUCGCUGCCGCUGCUUUAGUUGACGUUGCUUUUGCAGUUGUCGUGCGUUUUCUCGCUUCUAUGGUUAGUUGUUUGGUGAAUGCAGCAGACGAAGGUGAAAAUUAAUUUUGUGUAAUAAGAAAAUAUAACUUUUGCAAGCCGUCUUCUGUGCAACCCACUAACGCUAAACACAACUGACAUACAUAGUUGUUUGUUAACAAAAUAGUUAAUAUUGGCAAAUCGAAUUCGUGUCGCUAACUACAAAUCGAGACUACUUUAGCUCACUUGCUUUUUGAAAGUUGCUCAUCUACUUAUUGAACGUGCUAGAAUUGCAGUGAAAGCGUAACAGCGUAAAAAAUAAAUUAGUGGAUUUAAAUGUAAUAACGAUAAAUCUACGCUGUGAAAUUUAUAACAUUGAGUGAUAGAAAAGUCGUCGGAAUUAAAACUCAUAUUUGCUAAUUUAAUGAAAUAGAUAUCUAAAAUUAUAAAAAAAAAUAUUUGGAUACGACUAUUCAAAUUUAUAAAUAUUAAAAACAAUCAGUCUAAUAAUAAAACAAUGUUAUCUGCCUGCCGACCACAAAGUAUGUUGCUGUAUUAGAUAAAAAUAUCAAAUUGGACUUUUUGAGAUUUUCAACAAAAUUCUUGAAGAUGUCAGUAGGGACAAUAUAGAUCUCAAUUGCUAUGAUGAUUUACUAAAUCCAACUUCAACGAACCAACCGGACGACGGACAGAAAUAGCGGACGAACGCCGACAAAAAUUGGACAAUUUGACAAACGAUUGCGACAAAUCGCAACUCAAAGUCCUCUCAGCUAAACUCCGCAACCAAACUCUGACAACGAGCUCCACUUAAUGUUACCUUAAGUACGAGCUUGUAUUUUAUGCAUCAUAACUGCGGCAAGUGUGUCUGACUUUUUGCAAACGUUAACGUGUCUGACACACCCCUACGCUGGCGGAUAGCUGCCGCGUGCUCGCGUACCACGCGUACAGGCCACGACACAAACUGAAAAAGGCGGCAUGUCGGAAAAAUGGCGUACACCGAAUUUAACUAGCGGAAAUGUACACGGACAGACACAGAAAGCAGCAGCAGCAACAGCAAUAAACACAACAAAAACAAGCAGUAGAUCAGUAGCUAAAUUACCGAAUAUGGCAAGCCAUCACCACCACUCCGCAUCCAACAGCAGCAGCGGCAGCCACACAGUGCCACACAUUGGCGCACCCACUUUGAUAUCGACGACACUGCAGCAAUUACCGCCGCCAACACCAACAGCGACACCGACAACACCCACUCCACAGUCCAUGGCUGGUGGAGAUGGGAAUGCCACCAGCAGCAGCAACUCUCAUUCACCGAACACCGCAAUGCUAGCGUCUGGCGCUGCCGGCAGUGACACCGAGUCCAACUCGACGGACUACAAUGCCGGUGCGGUUGGUGGAGGCGGUAUGAGUGGCGCUGUGGCGCAAUUAAACUUUCAUCUAUUGACGACGGAUGCCGGCACCGCUGGCGAUGGUAAUUCAAUAAUGAACUCAUCACAAAUAUCUGGCAACUCCAAUGAGUCCAUGCAGUUGUCCAGCAGUCCAGCCGCUGUGGGUGGUGCUGUGGCAAGCAUUGCUGGCAAAGCGGGCGGCGGCAAGCAUUUGACCGCACACAGUGUGGCAGGGAAAUCCUGUCGCUUUCCGAAACUCGAAGAAUGCGCACACUUUCACUAUGAACGCGUGCAAUUGGGCGCAUUUUCGGUGCGUCUGAUGGACGAUAAAUCCGAAUUGCUCAACAGCAGCAUAGCGUCACAAUCGAUUGGCGGCGAUAUUGCUGGCAGUCAACUGGGACAGGCGCUCAGCAACAGCGGCAACGGUCCAUCAUCCUACCGUUCGUUCUCGCCAGCGAAUUGUUGGUUCAUCGUGAAAGUUUUCCCGCACAGCUGUGAUCCGUUUCUAGUGAAACGUUCCUUUGACAACAUGCAGAUGUUGGACGAGAUGUUGCAUCGCUGCGUGUAUGAUCGCAAAAUUAGUGGUUUGAAAAAUUUAGAAGAAUUGGAUUUCAAGAGUGAAGAAGAUGUAGAGUAUGCGGUCGCAAAAUAUUUGGAGCGUUUCUCAAAAAUCGCUUCCGAUUCGUUAACCUGCGGCACUAUACUCACUUGGCUGCAGUUGGACAAUAAGGGACGUCGCUUACCGCUAGCCGAUGGCGAUACAAUGCGCACGAUUAAUACACCCGCAGUGGGUGCCGCGUACGGUGUGCGUCGCUAUCAGGCGCAAGCAUCCGAUGAGAUCUCCAUUGAGGUGGGUGAUAUGAUCUCAGUCAUUGAUAUGCCCAGUCCGGCUGAGUCCAUUUGGUGGCGUGGCAAGAAAUCGCAUUUACAAAAAUCACAAUACGAAGUUGGUUUCUUUCCGCAAGCGUGCGUGGCCACAAUCGGCGAUAAGGUGCCGCGUCAUUUCCCAAUGCCAGCGCCAUUAGUUGGGCAGUUGGAUGUCUCACCAACGAAGCCGGUAUUGCGUAAGCAUGGCAAACUCAUCGCAUUCUUUCGUUCGUUCAUCCUAUCGCGGCCAUCGCGACGUCGCCUUAAACAGAGCGGCAUUUACCGUGAACGUGUGUUCUCAUGUGAUUUGUCAGAGCAUUUACUCAAUAGCGGGCAGGAGAUACCGAUGGUAUUGAAGUGUUGCGCGGAAUUUAUCGAAGAGUAUGGCAUAGUCGAUGGUAUCUAUCGGCUUUCGGGCAUUACGUCGAACAUACAGAAGUUGCGGCGCGCCUUCGACGAGGAACGUAUACCAGAUUUGGGUAAUCCGGAGAUGAAACAAGACAUACACGCGGUUAGUUCGUUGCUGAAAAUGUACUUCCGCGAAUUGCCGAAUCCUUUGUGCACGUACCAGUUGUAUGACAACUUCGUGGAGGCCAUACAAGAGAAGAGCGAGUCCAACGAACGAUUGAGGCUGAUGAAAGAAACUGUACUGAAGUUGCCACCACCACAUUAUCGCACAUUGAAAUACUUGGCAGAGCAUCUAAAUCGCAUCUCACAGCACUCUGCACGCACCAGCAUGAAUGACAAGAAUCUCGCUAUCGUCUGGGCUCCAAAUCUACUGCGCUCACCGGCACUCGAGUCGGGUGGUGUGGCCGCUCUACGCGGUGUUGGCGUACAAGCUGUCGUCACUGAGUACCUGAUACGUAAUUGUCACAAUAUUUUCGACGCAUUCGAUGAUAUGAAUGUGCGUCUCAGCUACAUUGCUACAGCGGGAGCUGCACAAACCAAUGAGACUCGUCUCGAUUCGUUAACCGAUUGUGAGAGCUUGCUGGUAGAACAGCGUGAACACGAUCAAUCGCUCACCUAUAUGGAGCGUCCGAAGAGUCUUAGCACCGGCGGUCCUAAGUUGAUUAGCUUGGAGGAAGCACAGGAGCGUCACUCACGUAUCGAUGGACUCGAUAUGAAGACUACGAUGCCCAUAAAUAUGGUCUCUAGCAAUGCGGCCAAUAUAGGUUCAUACAUUGAGGUGGGCGGUGGACCAUCUAGUUUACCCGAUAAAUAUCACACAGUGUUGUCGGUGCCACGCAGCUGGCAGAAGCGGAAAACACAUUCAUGGAAAUCGCUUUUCACACGUAAUCAACGACCAAUCAGCAAUGGCGCACAUGAUUUGAAGACUGGCACCGCGGCAGCUGCAGUUGCUACUAGUGAUGUGGCACCAGCGCGUCAGAAGGAUGGCAGCAACACGCAAGUCACCUUUGCGGAAGCCGACUUGAUAAUCACAAACUCCGGUAAAGUGGGUAAAGCUUUGCACAAGCAAGAGAAACCGAAAUCGAUUGAACUAUUCGAUACGAGCAUUCGACGAGACGAGGUAGCCGGUAAACCGAUGGAAGUGUGUGUACGUUCGAACUCCAUCGACAGUCUGCGUACUGCUGGACACUCACGUUCGGUUUCGCAUGAUUCCUACUUUGAUUUGUUGCAGUCACCACAACGUGGACAUGUUACGACUUGUCCGUCGCGCGAGCUCUCCGAGCUGGGUUUGAAUUUCGAUCGUGAAGAACCUGAGAUGCGCAUCUUCUCCGAGAGUGAGUCGCUGGUGAGCUCACCACGCGUCGGCAAAGAGAAUAUACCACCAUCGUCGGGCGCAGCUUCACGUCGCAUACUGCGCGCGCGUCCCGAGGAGUUUUCCAGUCAGACAAAUAGCGUUAAUCCGAGUCCCAAAAAGCAGCCACGUCUCAAUUUGCACCUUUCGCCAAGCGCAGCCUCCGCGCUUGCGAAUAAUUGGCCACAACAAGGUGGCGGCGGCGGUGCUGCAGGUGUGCCAACCGGCGCAGUGCUAGACGCGGCCGGCCAUGAGUGUCAUGAACAGCACGUACAUCUCUCUAGCGACGAAAGCUGUUGCAAACGUUACAAGCUCGAGGAUCAGCUGUCCGAUAUACAAUUCAUCGACUGCAGCACACCUGAGCAUACCAUAGCCAAUGCUCAGACACUUUAUGCAAGCGUGCAGGUACAUGCGCCACCCAAAUCAGCGCUCUCCAAGAACUCGCUGUACAGCUCCACGGAGAGCACAAAUAAAACGCAAGAUGCCGUUAGCGCUAAGGCGGCACAAUUUGAAAAGAAGUAUGGCAUUGCUGCAAAAGGCGGUGAAAAGAAAUCAAGCGCAGGCGCAGCAGCAGCUGCCGCAGCCGGUGGCAGCAUUAUAAGCACGCGCUACAGUUACCCCACCGUGCAGUUAGGUGCUAAGCGUAAGGAUCAAGAUUCAUUCAAAGAACGCUUCAGUUAUCCCGGCUCGGGUGUGAGCAAUGAACGUCGCUUCUCGGCUAAAGAUGGCGCGGCGCGCAUGCAAUUCGAGGAUGAGCUGUGCGCCAAGCGUGAGCUGGAGAGCAUUACCCAAGUACCUUAUGGCAGAAACACAAACUACAACAAUCAUACACACGCGCCCAAGAAUCUACCCGAUUUGAUGCGUCCGAAGAAUCGCAACAGCUACUGCAAUGCCAAUGAGGCGCUGAAUACAAUGCUAUUACGCAACAGCUCCAAUGAAAUAACCAAAAAUGCCAAAUCCGAUAUGGAACGUUCGAAAAUUUCCGUUACACCUUCCUCACCAAUGCAGAGUCCACGCUACUCGUUGUUGGUGGGCGAGACCAGUUCCGAAAAUAGUUCGGCUGUCAAUACGCCACAAUAUGAUUUGGAACCGCUAAUGGCUACCUCCGCAAUGUCGGGUUUGUCGCAACUUUCGGGCGCUUCCUCACACCAACAACAGCAACCAUUGCUGUUGGGCGUCGACGCCGGCAGUUGUUUGGGCACUUCACAUGAGAGUCUCGGCAGCAAUUUCACAUCACACUCGAACAUCACGAAUGCCUCGCAUCCCGAACGCCGUGACAUGCACGCGCUCAAACGCGAGCUCUCACUCGACCUACAACCGCUGACCGCCAAGAUGACCGUCGACGGUGUAGAUGGUGUUGGCAAUGGUGGCGCUGGACAUGCGUCCACACUGCCUUACAACAGACAGCGAGAAUUAGCACAACUCAUUCCUUCGCCGAAUAAUUCGAACUUCACAGACAAUACUAGUCAAUCGGUGACGCCCAGCGAAUUCGGCUAUCAGAAUUUGCAACGUCAAUCGAGCAUGCAUUCUUUGAUUGAGACCGAAGCGGAGUCACCGGCAUAUGAAGAAUACGAGAAUACGCCGAGCAACAUGGCCUCGCCGUUGUUGGGCGCACAAAAGCCACCACCGGUAGGCGGCCCCACAAGUCCGAUACGCGCGACAAUUAGCAUUACGUAUAACAUGCGUAGUCCACGUGAGGAAUUGCCGAGCAAAGGUUAUGCUGUGUUGCGCGACAAGACGAAAGCUGUCGCCAAGGGACCGCUGCUGGAGACAAGCUUCGAUGAGAAUACCGUAUAUGAGCAGGUGAGAUUCUUUAGAAAUUCGGUAACCGAGGUGAAUCAGCUGUUAAACGAUGAGCGUAAAAGCGCUGUGACGCUUGAGUGUCUGAAGGAGACCAAUGAGAAUGAUAUGCAGGACUUCAGUGCAUACGAAAAUGUGCCGCUCUUAAAUGAGCAGCAAACAAGCAAGCAUGUUGCAUUAAAGAACUGUGUAACAGAUGCGCCGAUGUGCGGCGAUAAAAAUCUGUUAGACAGUUUGGAAGGCAGCACCGAACAUGAAGAUGAGGGACUGCUCUACGAGAAUGUGGAAUUGCGCAAACCGAAAAGUGUUUAUGAAAAUCUGUUGGGUGAACAAUUGAAAGGCACUUCAGUAAGAGAAACUGAUGCAUCCGACAAAUUAGAGUUGGACAGCUUGGAUAGCAUUAAAACCGAUACAGAUAUUGUGAAAGGCGAAUGUGUGGAGCUAGCUAAUGUCAAUGCGCAAGCGCUUGAACUCGAACCGCCGCUUAGCGCUGGUAUUGUCGAGAAUUCAGCGCGUAAGUCGCCUUCGAACUUCAGCGUCAAAGAGCUGGCCACGAAGUUCGAGAGUUCGCCCGUCGAACAACUGCCUGCAUUCGACUUCAGCUUCCGCAGUUCCAUUAAGAAGCACACAGGUGUUGUGAAUGCCGAACUGAAAGUAUCGCAAACCAGUCUUAACUCGAAUGCCGAGCAGACGGCAACAAAGGAGACCGCCAAUCCCAAACAGAAGCUUACAAAAUCACAACAAAUAACGCGUUCACUGGACGAGAAUGCAUUUGUGCGCGAAUUUGGCGCCAAGCAUUUGCAAGAGCUGAACACGCGCAGCUCACAACAGCUGCCCGAACUGGCUGAGGUAACGAAUCGACGCAAAAGUUUCGACUUUACGCGCCCGAAAACAUUAAAUCCGCCAAAGCGUUUGCCCGGCAUACCAAUCACUGAAGAGAUUUGUUUGUCGAAGAACGAGAAGGCCGCGUCGCCAGCAGCGCUGAAGCUGGAGAAGAGUCACAAUCAUGCGGCACUGGAAAACGAUUAUGAGACAGCUGAGCUGAAGAUCACGCCCACCACAGAGAAUCGCAUCUCACUCAUACAAAAUAAUGUCAACUCAACAGCGCAGCAAGCAGCGGCCGCUGGUAAUGCAACUGCCGCCGCUAUUAACGCUAGCGCUAGCGAUUUGAGCAAUUCAAAUUUGAAUUUAUCGACCAGCAGCCUGAAAGUGCUGUCCGGCGUAAAGCUCGACCGCGAACGCAUCGAUCGUAUCAAAGAGGAACGUCGUCAGCAAUUGACACAAAAGUAUCGCGGCGAUACGACGAACUUCAAGUCGCGUUCGAAAACAGAUCUGCACACGCCCUCGCAUAAGGACGAUGACAAAUUCAAUGCGACCGAAUCGUUGCGCGUGAAAUCGAAGUCACGCGGCGACAUGCGCGCACUGCAGCAAGAGAAUGAAAAUGUUAAGGAGCUGCUGGGACGCGCACGCUUGCUGGCUGGCUCAGAGAGCACUUUGCAUGCGCCACGCGUGCGCAGCAUAUCCGAUGAGAAAAAUCAAAAUUGUGAUGCGAAUACAACAACAACAACAACAACGCCGUCAAAUGCAGCUAGCAACAACUGCAAUUCGAAUGCGAAUGCUGCUAACAACAGCAGCGUGUCCGCCACAACAAAAGAGGUCACAAUCAAUACAACAUCUUCUGCAGGUAAUGUAAACUACGCGAAGAAGCCACCCGUCGCACAAGAAGAGUUCUCGGCACGCGCUACUGUACAGAAAUUCGAGCGAAAAAGUUUUGAGUUCGCCAAUGGCAUAGCGGCGCCAAUAGCUUCAUCGACUGCAGCGCGGGAACGCAAUUGCCGGAGUGAGGGUACUAGUGGCAGUGUUGGUAAUGGCGCGAGCGGUAUCGGCAGUGUGGCAGCCUUGUCGACCAGUCGACAGAGCUUGACAUCAACCCGUGAGAAAAUCUCACCACAAUUCUCCAUACGUGAUAUGACGGCGAUGUUCGAGUCACGCUCGCAAAAUUCUUAAUACGAGUAAAUGUAUUUUGAAAAUAUAUUGGAAGCUGCAAAAAUGUUUGUAUUUAUACACAGAAAUAAAGCAUAACUGUACAAUUGCACUACAUAUUAGCAGCAAGUGGACAGACAGAAGACUUACACUACCACAUUACAUAUACAUACAUGCAUGUAGUGAAGCAUACAAGAAUAAAAUGGCAUUUUAUGCUUAUAAAUAUAAAUAAAAAGUAUAUAUACAAACAAAACUUAAUAAAUAUAAAUAUAUAUAUAUAUAUAUAUAUGUAUACGUGUGCAUAUGUAUAUUGUGGGAAAUAAUAAUUGUAAAAUAAAACAAAAUAAAAUAAUUGUAUUUUUACAUUAUGACUAAUGCAGCAAAAAAUGUGUAAAACAAAAAACAUACACGUGUAAAAUUUACAGUUAAAUACAUAAAAAAAAAUAAAACAUUUAUAACACAUUUCUUUCUAGCCAAAUUUACGAUGACAAAGCUACAAAAUUAAAUUAACCUAAAAAUUUAAAUGAAAAAAAAUUAAGAAAAUUUUCGAAACCUAUAAAAAAACAAAAUAUUUGCUAUAUUAUAAAUAUUAUAAAUAUAAAACUUGACAUUUACUAUGUACUAAAUUAAUAUAAAACAUUGUAUGCAAUUUUUUUUAAAUUCUAAUUAAUUGAAAUUUUUGUUUUACAACUAUUUAACUAAGAAACAUGAAAUACAAUUUUAUGAAAAAAAGAACAACAAAAACUUUAAAUAAAUUUAAUUUAUAACUAUUAAAAACUUGUGUAUGUAUGUUUAUUAUAUGAUUUGAAACAAUUAUUGUUUUUUAUUUUUUUUUUAAUAUGCUAACUAUUAAAAUUAUAUCCAAAGAAACCAAUAAGACAUUGAAUGAUGAUGAUAAGAAAUUAAUGCAUUUUGUGUAAAAGUAGGCAAUAAUGCGCUGGUGUGGCAAUGUAAGAAUUGUAUGCAGUUUAAAUGAAGAUAAUGAGACAUAGUAGGCAUUAUGAUAUAUACAUACAUACAUAAUAUAUACUAUAUACAUAAUUAUUAGUUGUGUUAAAUUAUUUUUAAAAUAUGGAAAUUAAGUUAAGCAUUAAUUUUACUUUUUUUUAUAUAUGUAAAAAUGCAAAAUGCAAAAUGUGUAAUGAAUGCUUGCAAAAAAAAAGAAAAUAAAAUAAAAAAUAUAAAUAUAUAAUGUGCAACAAAAAUUGUAAUUUAAGUUUUGAAAGUGAACAUUUUUGCGAAUUUGAAUUAUAAAUAAAUAUAAAUUAUAUAAGUAUGAAAGUCUACUGAGCAACUGGUGUUUACUGUAGUUACGCGCAUAUGAGUAUAAAUAAAUAAUAAAAACAUACAUAUAUACAAAUACAAAAAAUAUGAGUUAGAAACACUUACCCGUUUACAUUGAAAUAAUAUUUUCGAGCUGAAAAAGAAAUUUAAAAAAUUAUAAAUAAAUUAUUAUAUUAAAAAAAAAAAGAAAAAUUCUACUCAAUAAUGUGUGUUUUUGCAAAUUCGAUUGGCGCUAUGGUGAAAAAUUUUGCGAUCAAAAUAUAAAAAGGUUAACAAAAAAAAAAAAAAAAUUUUAAUUUAAAAUUUUUUUUUAAUUUAAAAUUUUUUUUUAAUUUAAAAUUUUUUUUUUUAAUAAAAAAAUCAAAUUUUUUUUUUAAUAAAAAAAUUAAAAUUUUAAUAUUUAUUUUUUUUUUUUACACAUUCAAACUAAAUUACUUCUCUUUUUCUCAUAUAAAAUUGAGUUAUAUAUUUUUUUAAUUAAAAAAACACCACUCCUAAAUAUAAUAAGUGAAAACUUGUCAAAAGAAGAAAGAAAGGCAAUUUUCAAGAAAGAAAAUACUAAAAUGCAAGGGAGCACUGGAAUAUCCAUACAAUAUAUUGAACAAAUUGAUCUCUGAAUGAAUCACUGACACAAGGAAAAAUCUUUGAAAUUAAAUAUUUACGAAAAUUCUCUAAAAUUUUUCAAAAAGUGAUCUGAAAAUUUUCAUUUAAUCAUUUUCGGUAACUAAAAGAAAAAAUAUAAUUUUUUUUUAAUUCGAAAUAAUUUGAUAAAAAAGAUUUUUUUUUUUUUGCAUAAAAAUACUACUCACAGGCGCCAACUAUUACCCACAAGACAACCCCCGCAUAAAAAAAAAACGCAGCGCAAACUGCUUAGAAACACACCACUACAGUGCAUUACAAAGGUAUGCAUAUAAUUUUAUAAAUAAAAUUAAAAUAUGAAAUAUUAUAUAUGAGUUGCAUUUACGCAAAAAAUUUAAGCUUAAAAGGAAUAUAAAAUAUAGAAAUGCAGACAUAUACAUGCAUACAUAUGUAUGUUGUAUUUGUAUUAUGUAUGACUUCUGUUAAGACACUUAACGUUACGGCCUGCUGUUAAGACACUUAUUUUGUAAGUUAUUUCUCUUUUUAUUUUCUUGCUAUUUCAAUUGAUUUUGUUGUUAAUAAUUGAUGCGUUUGUAUGUAUAGCAUUUUAAUAUACUAUAUUUAUUUCUAAAAAUCUAAAAAAAUACGCCUAUAACUAGACACACAAUUACGUUGAAAGCGUUAUGUAAUAAGUUCACAAGUUUUUUGUAUUUAAUUUAUUUUUAAGCUGACAAUAUCACAAAAUAUAUGCUUACAUACAUAUAUAAUACAGUUUUACACAAAAACA